AUGUCGUGGUUAUUGGGGAAGAUAUUCCCCUUUGGGUCAUCGUCGUCGUCGUCAUCCUCCGCCUCGGCCCCGGCUUCGACAUCGGAUGUCAAUGCGCCAGCUUCUGUCCCCCGAGAAUCGACAGCGGAGCUGGAUGCCGCAAAAGCGCCAGCGUCAGGCGCUGUGUCUGCUGCUCCAGUACAUACGACACGAUCAGACUUGCUUACGGUCAGCGUAAUCAACGGCCAAGGACUCACCCUGCCGUCAGGCACGACGCUUGCGUCCCCAAGCACGGACCAAGCGGGCCCAUCCAAGAUGGCACAACGUCAGCGCCAUGCAAGCCUACCUUACGUGGUGCUGGAGUUUGAUAAAAAUGAGGUCCUAAUUAUGGCAUCAGGAGUUUUCAGCCAACUUUGA